UGCGCCACGUGCAGAUAUGACGCCCAGACUGCAGGCGCGACCAGACGACAGCCACUGAGCGAGACGAGAAGAGGCGAGCAGGCGUGGCAGGAUACCUUUCACUGACUGUAUCAGGUUCCCCAGUAGAGAUCUCCAAUCAGUGUCAUGAUAAAGGCGUACAUCUCGGGAGUCUCCUGUCGGUUCCCCAAGUCCAAUAAUGUCCAGGAGUUCUGGCAGAACCUGAUUGACGGCGUGGAUAUGCUGGGCCCUUCACGCUGGCCCCCGGGACUUUAUGGUCUUCCACCUCGGGCAGGUAGCAUCCCAGACCUCGGGACCUUCGAUGCAGAAUUCUUUGGAUAUUCAGAGACUGAGGCUCGGCAUAGCAACCUGCUGCUACGACUUCUGUUCGAGGUGACGUAUGAGAGUGUUGUCGACUCAGGGCUGACCCUGUCCUCACUGCGAUCAGACAGGACGGGACUCUAUGUGGCCUGUACUUUCUCUGAUGCAGAUGCCAUCACGACCUCGGCUGUAACGGACAGUGUACAUGCCAACCUGCGGUCGACCCUGCUGCAACAGUUGAACGCUUGGUACAGGUUCCAGGGACCUGUGGCCUCCGUGGACACAGCGUGUAGUUCCUCAGUCAGCGCUCUGCAGAUGGCUGUCACAGAUCUCAUUACAGGCAGAUGUAACUAUGCUGUUGUCACAGGCGUCAAUUUGAUUCUGAGUCCGAAUUGUUCGCAGUCUUUCAACAGAUUAGGCAUGCUCAGCCCCACUGGAGAUAGCCAUGUGUUCGACAUCAGCGCUAACGGCUACGUGAGAUCGGAUGGAGUAGCAGUUCUCAUCUUGGCGAGAAAUCCGGAAAGAUGCGAAAGGAUCUACGCAACCAUUGCGGACAUUGCUGUAAACUGCGAUGGAUACAAGGUGGAGGGAAUAGUGUACCCAAGCCGAUCAUCUCAAGGCAAUCUCCUAAGGUCCUUGUAUGGCGAGAAGUUGAUACCUACAUCAAGUCUCGCCUACGUCGAGGCUCACGGUACAGGCACUCAGGCUGGUGAUUGCCUGGAGUUGAACGCAAUCCUGGAUGGCUUGUGUGAAGGGAGGGACGAACCCCUUUUGGUUGGGUCGGUGAAAAGCAACAUGGGUCAUUGUGAAGCAGCUUCAGGGUUAUCGGCUGUGGUCAAGUGUAUAAUGUCCAUCUAUCAUGGCAUGAUCCCACCCUGUCUUCACUACAAGACUCCUAAUGAGGGUAUUGAAGGAAUACCACUUGGCAAGAUAAAGAUUGUGGAUACAUGCCAUAAACUGAAAGGUAGGAUAAGUAUUAUGGGAAUCAACUCGUUUGGCUUUGGAGGAGUGAAUGGUCAUCUUAUCCUCAUGUCCUACAAGAACCCACCAGAUGAAUGCAAAAAGGCAGGAACUUAUCUUGUGCCCCUCACCGUCCGGAGCGAAGAAGGCAUAGCAAGGAUACGCACGUUCCUUGAGAAGCACUCGGAAAAUGUGGCACUAUUGAAGCUUAUGAGUAGAUCCAUGCUGUCGUGCGACCCACGUCAGCAGAUCAGGGGUUACGCCAUAGUGGAUCUGCCAGAGAUCGUAUGUAGAACAUCAGCAACAGUCACAUACACGGUCAAGGUCACCACUGGCAGCAAAUUCGGGGCUGGAACUGAUGCGAAUGUGUUCAUCGACCUCCAAGGAGACUUACAGAAGUCGGGGAAGAUAGAUUUGAAGGAAAGCAAAACACCCGAAAAACAGUUUGAAAGACGAAAUACAGACGAGUUCCUUAUCACAACAAAGGACGUUGGACACCUGCAGAGAAUUGUGAUCGGCCAUGAUGAUAAAGGUGCAGCUGCCUCCUGGUUCUUGGGUCACGUGACCGUCCACUCUUCAUCUCUGGACUUUACGUGGACAUUUCCUUGUGAACGAUGGUUAGCCGAGGAUGAGGAUGAUGGACGUAUUAUGAGGGAGUUGCUUCCCAAACAGAAAUGUCCUUUAAGUCAAGAGCCUUGUGUGUCCGUCUACUGGUCGCCACGCCAGCAACACCGACCUCCCUUGUGGCUACUAGUACAGGAUAUAGCCUGGCGCAGCAACAUGCCACACGCGGACCUGCUGCAGCUGGGCGUAUUCAAGCAGUCUCUACAGGAAUCUGACGAGAUUCUUCGCAGCCUGGAAACAGAUGUAUCUGUAACAGAGAGUUUGGAAAAGGAAGCAGCAUUUAAACCUGCCACCAAAGUCGGUCUAGUUUGUUUGACAGCUGUUAAUAUAGGUUUGAUGGAGGUUCUCAAAGCAUCAGGAAUACGCCCAGAUGGCUUUAUAGGAUCGGGACUGUCGGAGAUCACAGUCGCCUACCUUGACGCUUGCCUCACUCACAAACAGUGUCUUCAAGUAGCAUUGGCAAUUGGGGAGACUCUGGAAUCCCUUUUGACUGAGGGCAAAGGUGAAUCUAUCUACUCCAUCAGCCUUCACUCCGACUUCGUGCACAAACUGGGUCCAAAGACCAACAUCCUGACCUACAUCAACAACACAGUAAUGCUGGCAGCUCUCCCAGAGCAGGAUAAAGACUACAUCCUCAAACAGGUUGAACAAGCAGGCGGAGUGUAUUCUGAGCUGACAGAAGACGUGAUGAUAUACAUGCGAUUCCCAGAGCAAAUCUGCAGCAACCUAGAGAAGAAAUUAAAGUCGAUCAUUCCGUCACCAAGAAAGAGGACCCCUAUAUUCCGAAGCUGCUCACACGCAGAUAGUACCAGCCACAGUAAAGCAAGACAGACGGUUGGUGCUUCGUACUUCAUGUCUCUUCUCCAGCGAGCUGUCAAUCAACACCAGCGUGUCUCCAGUCUACCAAAGGAAGCGACGCUUCUGUCCCUGUGUAUGACCAGCCUCUGUACACAGACUGAAGUUUCUUGUAGUCGGUCUGGUCAGACAGAGGUCCAUUGUCAUCCAAGGACACUAUCCGUGCUUCAGACUCUCGGAGAACUACAUGAACUGGGUCACACAAUAAAAGCCGGCCACCUGUAUCCACCCUCGGCCCCUCUGGACUGUUCGAACCCACCACUGAGUCCCUUGGUUACCUGGAACCAUAGUAUAAGUUGGCCACUGCCAGAUUGGUGCCAGUUCUCUGAUACAGUGAAGAAUCAACAGAAGGAUGUGUAUCGACUCCCUGAAACGGACCUGGAACGCAGUGUAUACGACCCCCUCGCUCUCCUGAUUGUCCACGCAUGGGCAGCAGUGUGUGGCUCUAAAGACAGCCUGCAGUCUACAGUGCUUCAUAGCUUGGUGACUACCCCAGAGUUGAUGAAGCAGGAAUGUCUACACGGAGCGCUUAUACACGUGCAUCCUGCCACGAUGGGCUUCGCUAUACAGGCUGAAGGCGGUGUUGUUAUGAAAGGACAGUUUAAACAUCUAGGCAACAACCUUGACCUCCCUCUAGUUCCUGGCUAUGACGUUGAUCAGAAUGAAAAUGUAGCUAAACCACAGGAAGAUUGCGAGCAUGAGGUGGAGACAGAGGAGGUUGUGUGGGAGGACAGCUGGCUGGAGUUCAUCAACGCUGUGCUGGAGUUUGUCAACCCCCACACCCCUGAUCUUCCAAUCAAGGUGAUGCUCGACCCUGAGCAACACAUGAAGAUCACACACGACUGCGCAAGUGUCCUUGUCAUGAUGGAGGAAAAUACAGGUAUCUGCAAGGCUGGUGGCGUGGUACUCCAGUUCCAGCCAUCUGUCAAGAGGAGUCUAGACCAGUCCAUUCUUCUACACAACCUCAACCUCGGUGAUGCUAGUUCCACCUCCGUUGUGGACAGUGUGUUGCUCUACAGCCUACCCAGCAACAACAGCAGUGACGACAAACUCCUCUUGUACACUGGGCACACGGACAACGAGCCUUCCGAGCAGAUUGGACUGGUGUCUAUUACAGACGGUGGUGUGAAGCACAAGAGUUACAGCGUGCCGGAGAACUGGAAGGCGGAGGACCUGGAAGCCGUGGUGCCCUUCAUCCUCGCAUUUCACACACUGAGAGAUGUUGCCAGUGUCUCGCCAGAACAGUCAGCAGUUCUUCUUAAUCCUCUCGACACCGUGGCAUUGUACAUGAUCGCCAUGCUGACGGUACAAGGCAGUGACGUAUUCACCUGCACCUGGGAUCAUGAGAUGAGCCUCAUGCUACGGAACGCCUUCCCUAAGGUCAAAAUCCUUCAUCCUCGUAGUCUCGGAAUACAGCUGAAGCAGCUGACGAAAGGAAAGGGUGUGGACGUAUGCUUUAAGAGUGAUGGAUCCGACAUGAAUUCAGCAAUGGACCUCGUGGCCGACCAUGGACGGUGUGUACUGACGGGGAGGCCUAGUGAGAAGGACUCUCUGGGUAUGUCGGCCUUCCUGCGGAACAUCACUGUGAUGAGUGUCAGCCCGGCCACCAUCUUCUCUCAGCUUCAGGACACGCCCGACAAAGACAUCUUGGCAGCACUGGAGACAAUCACAUCAUCAUCAGUCAGAGAUAGAGCAGAUGAUGGUUACCCAGAGCCUCGCGGCCUUCGUUACUGUGUCGAGGAACAGAUGAAGUUUUCUCAGCCAAUCAGCUUACAGAAGUUGUUCACUCUUUUGGAUGGUCCCGGAUGUAAGAUGAAGGAUGUCUUGGACGGUAUCCCAGAAAACGACGUGGCAUCAGUGGAGCGACUUCAGCUCACUCUGUCGAUGAAACCACAGGAGUUCUCCAUCACUCAAAAUACGUCCUACCUUAAUGACAGCAAGGACCAACUGAACAUCGCUCGCACCUCGUCAUACAUGGAGGCCUCGAAACUGCUGACCCCUUCAUCUGCCAUCUGCUCAGGGCUGUUAGCUCCACCCAACACCAUCCGCAACAGCAUCAUAUCGGUGGACAUGUCUCAGUACACCUCCGCCUCCACACCCAUCAUCAGGAUCACUGUCGACUCCCCGAGCUCUGCCUGCUACAGAGACCCCUUGGCCUCGCUGGACCUGAAGUUCAGUGGGGUGAAGUUGGAGGGAAGUUACAUGGAAGAUAAGGUCUUCGCAUCCCCCGGACAUGAUAGAAGCAGGAAUGUCCUUUCAAGCAACAGAAUGCCCACGACUCCCCAGACAAUGGAUUUCCUCUUUGUGGGCGUGCCCAGGACACCAAUGACGCCUCAUUCCCCAUGUGUGAAGAAGCUUUUGACACCCAGCAGGAUCACGCCUCCUCUCCUCAAGCUCAAUGACGUUGUCUCCAAGGAUAAACCCAUCUUUAUUGUCCAUCCAAUCACAGGUACUCUGCUUCUUCUGACGGCCCUUGGAAAGGCACUGAACGUGCCCUGCUACGGUGUACAGCGCACGCCGUCCACGACGUCAUCCUCGGUCACAGAUAUGGCUGGGUUUUACCGAAAUGCCAUCGAGAUCCACGACUCCGCUGGACCAUACAGGCUUGCUGGGUAUUCAUACGGCGGGAUGAUAGCCUUUGAGAUAGCCAGGCAGCUGCAGAAGUCCAAUAAAAAGGUUGAAUGUCUUAUCAUUCUGGAUGGAGGGCCUGGUUUUGUCCACUCUCACAUAGCCAUAGGACGGGAGGAACUUGACAGAGCUGAUUCGGCGUCAAAUGAUUCCACGGAGAUCGUGGCACUGGUGUCGUUCGUGGAGAUGUACGGGCCCAUCAAGGCACGUCAGUUUCUCAUCGGUGCCCUGGGGAAUCUACCCUCCGGCUACCCCCGUGUCAGAAUGGCAGUGGACUUCAUCAUGGGCAAUGUCGUCAUCAGCGAAAGCCCCAAGAAGACCAAAUGGAUGUCACUUAAAAACAGAAUUCUGAACAAGGACAAGUCAGAAAGAAAGAUGGGACUGCAUUCUGCUGCCACUGAAGUGAUAAGACUCUCGAGGGAGAAGAAAGCGGAAGAGUACAUUAACAGCACCUUCAUAGCAGACAAGUACAGACCGCAGGAGAAAUUUAUUGGCAAUAUUCACCUCCUCAGAGUAAAGUCCGACCCGACCAUCAGUGUGCCCAUGUCAUCAGAUUACGGGCUUGGUCAGCUCUGUACCGGAGAGGUCAAGGUCAAGUUUGUGGAGGGAGAUCACCAGUCAUUUCUCAAGAGUGAUAAAGUCGAGGUUGUUGCCCAGUUUAUAGAGAACGUGUUGUCAAGGGAAGCUCAGUGAUGGUGCUGUCGGAUGAUAUCCGGUGAUUCCCUAAGAUGGGGCUAUUGUGAUAUUAGAUGUUUAGGGGUUGUGAUAACUGAGAUGCUGACUGAUGGUGAUGUCUGGAGAUGCUCCAACUUUGUGGAGGCCAGUGUGACAGCUACAAGAUGACGAUGGAUCAGGUGUCAUCUCAGCUGCUGAGUAACACUUAGCAUUCAACGUCAGUGACACCUAUAACUUCAUUCACAGCGAUACCGAACGACAGGGGUAUAUGUAUGAUCUGUGAUAGUGCUAUAUUCAUUGUUUUCUAUCGAACGGUGUUGACCAUGUAAUAACGGGAAUAAAAUAUACCCUGUUGGAUGGAA